AUGCGUACUGCUGGUCUCCUCUCUUUGGCUCUGGCCGCUGCUCCGGCCUUGGUCUCUGCUCGCGGUACUCUGGGUUUCUCUCUCGGUGACAAGAAUGCCGACGGCACUUGCAAGGCUACUAGCGACUAUGAAGCCGACUUUGAUAACUUGAAGGACCUCUCAAAUCUGGUCCGUACUUACUCUGGUACUGAAUGUGACACCCCUCAGAACAUUCUUCCAGCUGCCAAGAGCAAGGGUUUCAAGGUUGUUCUGGGUAUCUGGGUCGGCGCACAAGAUAGCAGUGAUUUGAGCACCAACGAUGCGUCCUUCCAGGCGGACUUCGCUGCCUUGAAGACUGCCAUUCCCGGUUACGAGGAUUACGUCGAGGCUAUCACUGUUGGUUCUGAGACUCUCUACCGUGGUGACCAGACCGGUCCUUCUCUGCACAACUACAUCGGCCUCGUCGCCAACCAGUUUAAGACCAUCACCGUUGGUACUGCCGACAGCUGGAACAAGUUCGCCGACGGUACUGCUGAUGACCUAUUCACCCGUGACACCGAGUCUGCCCCGUUGGUCACUUAUGUCCUCGCCAAUGCUUUCGCCUACUGGCAGGGUACCGCUGCCGACGAGGCUUACCAGACUUACUUUGACGAUAUGUCUGGUGCUAUGUCGCACAUCCAGAAAGUUGCUGGUACCAAUUCCGACAAGAUCCGCAUUCUUAACGGCGAGACUGGCUGGCCUACUGAUGGUGGCUCUGAUUACGAGGCUGCUAAGGCUGGUACUGACAACGCCCAGACUUUCUGGCAAACUGGUGUCUGUGGCAUGCUUGCCUGGGGUGUUGACCUGUUCUACUUCGAGGCUUACGAUGAGUCCUGGAAGCCCAACAGUGUCGGUGACAAUGGCCAGGCCAUGGACGAGAAGCACUGGGGUCUACGCACUGCGGACCGCCAGACCAAGUUCAACACCACUUGCCAGUACUAA